UUUCCUAUCCAUGAUGAUUGAUGACAUUCCCAUCUGAUGCAGUUUGGAGGUAAAUUAGCCAAAUUUCCAUAUCUGUGCAAUAUAAGAAGCGUAUUUCCUGGUCAAAAUUUUUAUUGGAAAAUUUGUAGACGAUAUCAUUCUUCUAGCAUUAUGCAGCUUGAUUUGUUUCUGGAUCGUUGUUUAUUAGUAGUUGGUUCUUCAAUGGUUGAUGUUUUGGCAUAUUGGGUUGACUUGGCUCGUGUUAUACAAUUGCUUGCAUAAAUGCUAUGAAUUGGAGAAGCAUCGACUUUCAUGAGGCUUCUUUGAAGGUUCAAAACUGAGCUGUCACACGGCAUCUUUAUUCCAACCAGCUCAGGAUUUGGUUAUUCAAAUCCGAAGUCAGAAACAUUUUCAUCGACUAAUCCACAUGUUCUUCAUUGACUUCACUCAUUCUAGAUUCAAGAAUUGAGUUAUUUUGGUAGCCCUAGUAUGUCUUGAUAAACAGAGGGUACACUUUUAUUGCUGAAGGAAGAUGGGGAUGCUGCCUGGCCAACCUGAACCUUGCAUUCAACAUUUUAGCCAUCCACAUCACUUGCAACUUUCAAACUAUGAUCAAACCUUUCUGGCCCAAACUCUCUCCUUCUGUUCAUGUUGCAAGCUGAAGGUCUCAGGAUGGAUUUACACUUGCAUUCCCUGCAACUUCUUUCUCGACAUUUCCUGCUCAAAAAUGCCUCAGCAAAUCACACACCCAUUUGACCAAAACCAUGUCCUUUACCUUCUUUCAAGCCCAGCAUACCCACAAGGGUUCUUCUGCUGUGAUGCUUGUGGGAAACAGGGUAAUGGGUUCUCCUACCAUUGUGGAGUCUGCAACAUUGAUCUUCACACGCAAUGUGCAAGUAUGCCUUUGUUGGUCACCCAUCAAGCCCACCAACACCAGCUGCAACUCACAUUUUCACCUCCCUAUUACCACAGAAAUUUCUCUUGCGAUUUAUGCAAGAAUUUGGGUUCCAAUCAGUGGGUUUACAGGUGCAACUCUUGUGAUUUUGAUGCUCACUUGUCUUGUGCCACUGCAAAGCCUAGAGCUCCAACUCAACAGAGAACACCAAUUGUUAGUCCUCAGCAUCAGGUUCCUCUGCCUCAAAUGGCCACAAAUUAUUCCCCUUUUCGGUCAAACACUUACCCAAAUGGUUUUGGACCUUCUUUGCCUAUUGGGGGAGGUGUGCAGGGGAAUGCUUUGAACCAGACACUACUAGGUGGUGCUGGUGCUGGUGCUGGUGCUGGUGCUGGUGGAGGAGGAGGAGGAGCAGUAGACCUAUUGGGAAAUGGAGGUCUGUUAUCAGCAUUUAGUGGUCAUUUGAGUGGAUCAGAUAUGGGAGGUCUGUCAUCAUCAUUUGGUGGUGAUUCUAGCUUCUAAAGGUUGUGUGAAAACAUAAAUUGACUUUGAAGUGGAAGGUGAUUUGGGCAGAGGAUUUGCUGCAGAGAAUAACCAGGAAUGUUCAGACUUCUAUCAAUUUUUACAUGUAAUUCUUGUCAUAAAUAUGCCUUCAAAAUAAAUCAGUGAAUCAUUGCUUUUGUUCUGAUAUGUCAAUGCAGAGCAUGUGGGAUUCUGUUUCCUGUUCAUUGUUCUUCUUUGUUUAAGGUUGCCAAAUUUCACAAAAAUGGGUAUGACAGCUUGAAUCUUUUCUUUUUUCUUC